AAAAUCUCGUCUCCUGUGACAUCAAGAUCAGGGUCAGGAUUUGUUCAACAUCAACAUAAACAACAUCCCAAUAAGUCCCUCCAGCCCCCUGAGGCCUCCCCCCCGUGUCCACCCGCCAUGCCCGGCUGCUGCGUCCCCGGCUGCACCAACAGGGGGGAGCGGGGCUACAGAUUGUAUAGAUUCCCCUCAGACCCGGAGAGGCGCCAGAUCUGGACCAACAAUGUCGCUCGUGAGGGCUGGACGCCAUCCCGGUGGACAUAUGUGUGCCAGGAACACUUUGAACAUGACCAGUUUGAGAACAGGAGAGCUGACGGCAGACGGAAGCUGAGGUGGAAUGCAGUGCCAACUCUCUUCGCUGGCCGCACCGUAAAGAAACCACCCGCCGUGCCAAGACCCCCACCACCUACUGAGGAACACGUGGCUCAGUCUGAUCACUCAUACAGUUCCUUAGAGCCAAGUGAUAAGACAUCCAGCGUUUCUGAAGACAGUGCCCCUGAGGGUAAUUGCAAGCAAGAGAAAAAUGAAAGUGUCAAAGAGGCUGCUGACCCGCAGUCCAGAGUACCUUCCACUGAUGCUCCAGAUGGUACGACUCCUCCUGUUCUGUACAAUCAGCUUUUUGAUGUCUUGACAUCUCUUCACACUGCAGUUGCCACCCUCAACACAAAUAUGCAAAACUUUGAAAAGAGACUCAGCAUCAUCGAAAGAAGGAUCGGUGCCUCUGUUGCAGUUAAGCAAGACGAGAGACCUAGUACUACUGCAGAGGAGACUUACAUCGACAGUACUGAUGCCACUUCAGACACAGACCCAGUGUGUGUCUUACAAGUCACAGCACAGCGGUGAGGAAAGGUAGGCCUAUGAGCAUCAGGACAGCACCCCUCGUGUGUUGCCUUGCCCACACUAUGAACCCAUUCCCAGUGGUCCUGUAGCAAUAUUUUUUUACUGACUUUGAUAACCUGUCUAAAAAAUAACUACAUGUGUAUUACAUAAAUCAGCUUAUACAUAUCGCACUUUUAUAUCAAGGAACUCCAGCUGUUGUGGCACUAUAUUAUCAGCACAUCCAGGUUUCUCUGCCACUCAUUUUUUUCAUGUUGUAUCUUGUAUUAUUACUGGAGUGAGAGACAGCCAUGGGAGUAGAGAACAAUGGGAGGUAGAGUUGACCAGUGGUGGUGAGGGCAAUGAUGGUGGAGUUUCUCUCAUACAUGUGAUGACUGCUCAGGGUUGUUGCUUCCUCUGCAUUUGGUCUAACCAACAAAUAAAUGGAUGGAUGGAUUGCUGUACCAAAUGAUAUGUGUGUUAAAAGUAUGAAUAAAUUUUGCGAUAUACAAAAUA